AUGGAUAAACAGGAACAAGCAAGACUUCGGAAUAUUAAAUAUAGAGAAAAGAAGAAAAACGAUGAAAUUUAUAAACUAAAGAAUAGAAUCCGGAGAUCAAGAAACUACAAAAAAGAAUAUGCUAAGAAAAUUCAGGAACAGUUUAAUUUAGAGGAUGGAUAUCAUUCAAGAAACUCAAUGCUAAAAAAGGUUCGACAAAUCAAAAAUAAUCUCCCUGAAAACGCAGUUAAAAAACAACAAAUAUUGAAGGAAUUAACAAAAGAUAUCCCGGCAAAAAAGGAAAUAAGGGUUCUUAAAAACGAAUCUGAAGUCAACAAAACUAUUCGUGAUUUCUAUUUAAGAGAAGAUGUUUCUGUUAUUCUUCCAGGAAAGAAGGACACGAUUGCUGUAAAAGAUAGGAAUGGCCAUAAAACGAUCGAAAGGAAGCGAGUACUUGUUGACUCUAAGUCGAAUUUGUUUAAAAGUUUUAAAAAAGAAUAUCCAGAUAUCAAAGUUGGUCAGACAAAGUUCUCAAGUUUAAAUCCACCUUCUGUCUUGUCGUUCCUAAAAAUGCCUGAAUAUUCGUGUUUGUGUAAAUACCACGAAAAUUUCAAAAAAUUAUUCAUUUGCGCCAAACCAUUUCUCAAAGAUAGCACAAUAGGAUCUUACGAGCAUUUUGUGGAAAGAGCUGUAUGUUCGGUCGAUAAUUUUGAUUGUAUGAUGAGCAUUUGCAAAGGUUGUUGCAAUUUCAAAGUAACAAAUGAAUUCCUUUUUCCUCGACGUAUUAGAUUGACAUACUUUCAAUGGGAGUUAAUCGAUGGACAAUAUAAGGAAAUAAAACACAAUCACACAUCAAAAGAGUUUAUGGAAAAAAUUAAGGAAAAUUUGUUUGAGUUCAAAAAACAUUUCUAUUCUGCAAAAAUUCAAAGUCAAAAAAUUACUUCAGACAUAAGGACGUUCAAUACAAAUACAGUCAAUUUGAUUUUCGAUUUUUCAGAAAAUUUCUCCAUCCAGAAUCAAAACGAGAUACAAGCAGCAUACUACCAACGAUCACAAGUCACUAUUUUCACAGCAGUCGCUUACUUCAAUAGUUAUGAUGAAGAAGAAAAUGAAAAGAAACGUUCGAUAUCAUAUGCUAUAAUAAGUGACACUAAAAACCAUGACAAAUAUACAGCAUGCACGUUUAUUGACUUUCUCAUUGAUUCUGUAAUGAACGAACAAGAUAAUAUUCACUUAGUUAACUUAUGGUCUGAUGGUGCACCCUCACAUUUCAAAAGUAGAUUUUCAGUAUCAAAUAUGAUAAGGCUAGAGAGCAAAUACUCAACUAAACUUCGAUGGAACUUUUCAGCCACAUCUCACGGCAAGACACAAGCAGACGGCGUGGGAGGUACGAUUAAAAAUAUGGUGGAUAGGCGAAUAAAAGCACAAAAUUUAGUUAUUUCAACACCAUUUGCAUUUUUCCAAGCAGCACAACAAAUUUGUGAGAAUAUUUCUAUCCAUUACAUAAGUAAUUCUUUUAUUUUGGAACAAAAAGCUCUGCUUGAUGAAUUUUGGACAAACUUAAAAAAUAUUAGGGAUAUUCGACAGUUUCAUUGUUUCGAAGUGUUUAGUCACGAUAUGAUUUCAUCGUUCCAUACUUCUCUCAAGAACAAUCAAAAAUUAAACAAAAUGAAGUAA